UAAAAAUAGUCUUCUCAUUAUUUUCCGUUGACUCUUCUUCUAUUCAAAUAUUCCGCGCGAUAACCAAUGACAAACUAUAACGCGAUUCCAGCGUCGGCUCAUGCAUCACCGUCACCGGUGGUGGAUGUCGAAUCCCUAUCGAGCCACAACCAAUGUACCACGUGCGCCAUGCCACGUCGCCCUUGGGGAGUGAUGUUCGACAUCCACUCCAUGGGGCUUCCUCACGGCUUGUCCGAUGCUUCCUCCAGGUUCAAGACGAACUACAAUCACUUCCGCACGAACUACGAGAUCUUCUUUACCAUCAACAUCUUGGCACCCAUCUUCGUUAGUCUUAUCAAUCAUCUGCUCUCGCUCAUCGCUUUCACCGUGUUGGUUUCCGUCUAUACCUUCCUUUAUUUCCUCCAGGACGACGUGGAGCCCAUCGAGUUGUUCCGUUGUAAGAUCAGUGACCGGAUGAUUCGGAUCGUCAAGAGUUGCUUGAUUUUGUUAGCCAUAGGUCUUCUCGUCGUGACCCACGCGAGGGACGUGAUCUACGGUUGGCCGUUGGUGAUCGUAUAUGUUCCGAUCUUGAUCCAUACGGUAGUUAGGAAGACGGAAGAUCUAUUCUUGAGUGUAGAGGCGGCGACGAUGACUGAGGCUUCUCGGAACUCUCUCCGUUCCCAUGUCCUGUUCGCUCUUUUUAAUUUGUACUUGAGCUUUGGCUUAUAAGGGUUUGGUCGUUAAGGGAUGUAACGUCACGUGUUUAGAGUUUUCGUAUGAUUUGAUUGGCCGAGCGUAUAAACUUAUAUGCAUUCAAACGUCUCCUGUUUUGUUUUUCAUUUUUUUUUUUCGGGCGAACUUUUGUCCCGCCGGACACCAUGCAAUUUCCGAUUUGUCACCCAUUUUAAGGGAUAUUAAACAAUGGAGUAUUUUUUUU